AUGAUGUGGUCGUCGAUGGUGUCCGUCUUCUACUCGCAAGUGGCAAGCGAUAUAUCAAGCUCCAUAUCGAUCGAGCUCUGUAAACCGGAGCGGCGGCACCAUUUCGUUACCAUGGAGAACCUGGCAGGGCAGCAGUUCGUUUAUGAGGUGACGAGUCUACGAGCAUUGUUUCUGCUGCUGCUCCUCUCUCCCUUCCUCUUCCUCAUCAUGCGCAACGCGCGAGCAACAACACUAAUGUUCGAUACCAAGAGGACAAGGGGCCACCGGCAGCCUGCAGAUCGGCAGCAGAGCCUCCCGCCGUCGCCUCCGGCAGUGCCUGUCCUCGGCCACCUGCACCUCGUCGGCUCUCUCCCGCACGUCUCCCUCCGCAGCCUCGCCAGGACGCUUGGCGCGGACCUCAUGCUGCUCCGCCUGGGCUCCACGCCGGUGCUGGUCGUGUCGUCGUCCAGCGCCGCCGAGGCCGUGCUGCGCACGCACGACCACGUGUUCGCGUCGCGGCCGCACGCCCUGGUCUCCGAGGUCGUCCUGUACGGUCCGUCCGACGUCGGGUUCGCGCCGCACGGCGACUGCUGGCGGCGGGGGCGGAAGCUCAUCACCACGCACCUUCUCAGCGUCAACAGGGUGCAGUCGUUCCGCCACGCCCGGGAAGAAGAGGUGAGCGUGGUGAUGGGCCGGAUCGCCGAGGCGGCGGCCGCUGGUGCGGCGGUGGACGUGGGCGAGCUGCUCGGCUCGUUCACGAACGACCUAGCGUGCCGCGCCGUGAUGGGCAAGUCCUUCCGGAGCGAGGGUCGCAACAAGCUGUUCCGGGAGCUUGUCCUCGACACCACCAAGCUGCUGGUCGGCUUCAACGUCGAGGACUUCUUCCCCUUCCUGGCUCGCUUCGGCGUGCUCAGCAAGCUGGUCCGCGCCAAGUCCGAGAGACUGAGGAGGAGGUGGGACGAGCUACUCGAUAGGCUGAUCGAGGAUCGUGAGAGCAAGUAUGAGGCGGCGGCGGCGAGUGAUCUCAAGGACGAUGAUGACGAUAACUUCAUACAUGUCUUGCUCUCCGUUCGACAGGAGUACGGCCAUAUUACGAGGGAGCAAAUGAAAGCUCUCCUGCAGGACGUGUUUAUCGGGGGGAUAGACUCCACAUCUUCGCUGCUCGAGUUCACCAUGGCUGAGCUCAUGCGGAAACCACGAGUGAUGAACAAGCUCCAAGCCGAGGUAAGGAGCAGCACGCCCGAGGGGCAUGAUGGAGUCGUCGGCGAAGACAGCCUGGAGCACAUGGCCUACCUGAGGGCCGUCACAAAAGAGUCCCUCCGGAUCCAUAACGUGACGCCGCUCCUGGCCCCGCACCUGUCCAUGGAUAGCUGCACCAUCGAUGGCUACACGGUCCCCGUCGGGGUGCAGGUCCUGAUCAACUCUUGGGCCAUCGGCAGGGACACGCGCUACUGGGGCGACGAUGCUGAGGAGUUCGUCCCUGAGAGGUUCAUGGAUGGCGGCAGCGCCGUUCAUGUCAGCUUCAAGGGGAGUGACUUCGAGUUCCUGCCAUUCGGGUCUGGACGAAGGAUGUGCGCCGGGGUGAACUUCGCGAUGGCCACGGUAGAGCUAAUGUUGGCGAACCUCGUGCAUCGUUUUGACUGGGAUUUACCACCGGGGCAGGAGGGUCGCGACAUUGAUGUGUCGCAGGUGUUCGGACUAGUAGUCCGCCGGAAAAAGAAACUUCUCUUGGUUCCAAAAUUACGUGUAUACUAGCAUCCCCCUCCCCGCACCCAAGAUAUACUGGGCUGUUGCAUAUAUGUAUGUACUGCAAUAAAGGUUGCCUAUAUGUAAGCUUACGACAUUACUUGUACUGGGUAUAUGAUGCAAUAAUGUUAUUAGAAAUUUAAGUACAUUCGAUA